GUGUGUGUGUGUACUUGGAGUUGUUGUGUUGUUGAGGAACGGGUCAAAUGAGAAGCGGCUCGGUCCGGCGGGUCGCUGGCGGCUCCUUCCCAGCCGGUGCUGAUGUUUCGUAGCCCACGUUCACUGCCUCCUCUAGACUUGAUCUCGACCUCACCUUCGGCAUAAACCUUCAACUCGGAUUUGAGUUAUGACGUCGGAGGGGGAAGAUGCCGACACGGCACCUGACCCCCUGCUCAUUCAGGAGAGCGAGGAAGUGUACAGAAACCCCACUGAAGUGAAGAUGAGUCAGAUCGUGCUGCCCUGCCAUGCCAACCACUGUGGGGAGCUGAGUGUCGGACAGCUGCUGAAGUGGAUGGACUCCACCGCCUGUUUAUCUGCUGAAAGACAUGCAGGUUGUUCCUGUAUCACUGCCUCUGUGGACGACAUCCAUUUUGAACACACCAUAGGGGUGGGAAAGGUGGUCAACAUCAUAGCAAAUGUCAACAGAGCCUUCAUGUCCAGUAUGGAGGUGGGCAUAUUGGUGACUUGUGAGGACCUUUACACGGACAGGCAGUGGAAGGUUUGCCAUGCCUUCGCCACCUUUGUUGCUAGACGAACUGAAGCUGGAAAGGUACAGCUGAAGCAGGUGGUUCCUCGCACACAAAUGGAGCAGAUGGAGUACAGCCUGGCAGCAGAGAGGAGGAGGAUGAGGCUCAUCCAUGCUGAGAUCAUUACAGAUCUACUGAGCAGCAGCACAGCUCAACUGAGGGAAUGCCAGGAGUAUCAGGACGCCGUGCCAGCCGAGCGGACACGAGUGGAGAGUGUUGAGCUGGUGUUACCUCCACAUGCCAAUCACCAAGUCAGCACCUUUGGUGGCCAGAUCAUGGCCUGGAUGGAGAAUGUGGCUACAAUUGCAGCAAGUCGCUUGUGUAACGCACACCCAACCUUGAGGACCAUAGACAUGUUCCAUUUUCGUGGCCCGUCUCACAUUGGGGACCGACUUGUGCUGAAAGCCAUAGUUAACAAUGCCUUCAAGCACAGCAUGGAGGUGGGAGUAUGUGCUGAGGCCUACCAGGGUGGAGAACCUCUGCGCCACAUAAAUAGUGCUUUUAUGACCUUUGAGGUGCUGGACGGUGACAGGAAACCACGCACACUGCCACGGAUACGACCGGAGCCUGUGGAUGGAAAAAGGCGUUAUCAAGAAGCCAUUGCAAGAAAGAAGAUUCGGCUCGAUAGGAAAUAUAUUAUCUCCUGCAAGCAAACUGAAGUCCCCUUGUCUGCACCCUGGGAUCCAAGUAACCAGAUGUACCUGAGCUACAACAAUGUAACAGCACUGAAACUAAUGGAUACCAGAAACAACUGGGUGUUAACCUCUGAGAAAAAUAAGGUCAGACUGUACACACUGGAGGAAAACCACAUGCUGUGUUUCAAGGUGGAGAUGCACGUCAGUGUUGCAGCUGAGAAGACAUUCCACCUCCUGUCAGACCUCAGGAGGAGAAAAGAGUGGGACCGACAUUAUGAGGAGUGUGAGGUGAUCCACCAGGCGGAUGAGGAUGACACCCUUUAUCGUGUCGCUACACCCUCUGUCAGUAAGGGGAGCAAAGGCCAGGACUUUAUCUUACUGGCAUCUAGGAGGAAGCCAUGUGACGCCAGGGACCCAUAUCUGAUCGCUCUGCGUUCUGUCACUUUGCCCACUCACCCUCCCACGGAGGACUACACCAGGGGAGAGGUGCUCUGCGCUGGCUUCACAAUCUGGGAAGAGUCCAGUUCUGUCACCAAGAUCACCUACUACAACCAGGCAACACCAGGUGUCCUCCCCUACAUCUCCACAGACAUCGCUGGCCUCUCGUCCAGCUUUUACAGCGCUUUUUCCGCCUGUAGCCAAUUUCUGGAGGCCAACAGGGACAGCCUGGCUGCUCUGCCACCCUCUGCACUGUGACACAACAGUAUUACCACAGUCUCCCUACAAGAGGAAUGAAUUCAUAGUUUCUGUGGUUUUUUUGUUCUGUUUUUUUUUUUUUUUUUUUUCUUCAAAGAAUUUGCUACUCUUUUUCCAGCAGGAUUAAUAGGUAUGAAGCAAGCCUGCACAAUGUUUCUGAAUAUCUCUUGGAUUUUAAUCCUCAAAUUUUAUUAGAGUUAAUAUAUUAUUGAAAACUUUAUGUGCAAUACUAUUGUGUAGGUCAAUGAAUCAUAUUUUGGUACAAAGUUUUAAUUAUUUAAUGCAAUCUCACCAAUCUAUUCUAUUUAUUGGCAUGUUCAGGCUUUGCACAAAGUAACACUAGGAUAAAACUAGUCUAAGCUGAUGAAGAAAAUGUUUGAAUCGGCUUCUUUUGUUUUAUUUUCUACCUCCUUGAAUAAAGUUUUUAAACCAUUUGAUUAAACCUUAGUAAAGAUGUUAAUUUAAGAUGUAUGUUUAGUGUAUGAUGAUGCUGUUUUAUUUUAAGGACAGCAAUGUAUAGUUUUAGAGCAUUGUACUUGCACUGAUUUGUGGACAUUCAAUGGCCAAGUAUCGAAACAAUAAACACAUUAGACCAGUG